AUUUGUGGUCUACAUCCAUUGAAAAGUUGAUGGUAUGGCGAACAAGAAGUUGGAAUAAAAGAUACGAUUCUAAAAUUACAAAGUGGACACUGAGAAUUGUCUACGACGUUCUUAUAAUUGAAGCACAUACAAAAGUAUAUGAAACACUAAACCUACACAACAAGAUUAAAGGGUUUUAUAAAGGCGAUGUCUUGAUAUUAAUUGUAAGCAAUCCAGCUGAAGAGGUAAGAAAGAUUAAGUUUCAAAUUAAAAGCAAUGUUGUUGAAUGUCUGAAAAAACUUGCACAACAUUUUCCAAUAGUUAGUCACAGUUCAACUACAAAUGAGAGAGUAUUUGAAUCUCGAUACAGAAACAUAGAAGAGGUGAUGAAGAAUGCUAUGGAACCAAUAGGCAAACCCGGAAGCAUUGACUUACCAACCAAUUUCAAUAGUUUCGUAAAGCUAUGUCUCUUGGACCCAAACAUGCCGUUAUUAAUUAACAAAACUCAGAAGAUUAUAGAAGAAUUAAAUAAAUGAUAAAGAAUUGUUUGUGUUUUUGAUGAACUUUGUAAAUUAUAGUUUUUGUAUUAAUGAACGCAGCUUUAAAAUUGUGGCUGUCAACUGUUUGAAAUUUGUAACUGCCGUUCCUGCUGUUGGUGAUAAAGUGUUUUUGUUGUGAUACUUGUGAUCGUGGUUUUAUUUUUAAUAAAGUCCUUAUUAUAAUAUCUACUCUAAGGUAACCAGCACUUACGAUAUCAUGCUUCCUACAAGAUUUGUGCCGGGGCAGGCUCCCCGAAAAUCUAGGAUGGAAGGCAGACAGUCGUUCUUGCCGCGACGCCUGGGUUCUACCGACCGCUUGUCGGACUCCCGGCGGCCGAGCGGCGCGGGCCCGCGCUCCAGCAGCGCCGAGCCCGGGCGCGCCUCCGUGGCCGUCAACAGGCUGAGUCGUGACGCUUCGGCCACCAAGAUGCCAGUAAAUAGGCGCUCCCGCUCACAGCAGCAAGGAGAGUCUCGCUAUGGCCAGCCUACCAUCACCCCACUCAGAAACAACCAGUACUUGAGGCCUACAACUACACCUGUGCGCACUCCAUCUGGAGACAGGUCCCGAGGCUGGGAAGCAUCACUUGAGAGGACUCUGGCUUGUGUCACUGUCAGGGAUCAAAGACCAAUAACGAACAUAGCAUGGCAGCGCGCCGAGCUGUCCCGCGUGCAAGAAGCGCUCGCGGCCCGCGGCGACGUGGGCGCGGCGCUCAUCCGACCUCUCACUAUCGCUCGCUUCGUGGACAUCGUCGGAUCCCUGCUCACUGCUAUCACGGGCGAUGACAAGCUCAACAAUGACAACUAUGUCACUAAGCUCCCACACAUGUGCAAGCGGCUGCUUUACCCCGGCACGCUCUCCAAGUCCUGGCUGAAGACCGUCAACACGCUGCACGCCUUCCCGCAGGCGCUCGCUCUAAUAGCCUACUUGCUGGACUUGCUGCGAAGUAUUGAAGCUCCAGUGAGCGAGGAAACCCUGUACGUGAACAACGACGAGUUGAGCCAGCUGCGGCGCGAGUACCUCCGCAACUGCUUCAUCAGGUUCCAAUCGCCGGACGCGGAAUUCGACGAUUUGUCGGAGGAGUACCUGCAGCAGCUGAGACAGUUGCUCGGCAUCGACGACGACAAGACACGUGAGCUGAAGGAGGCUAUCCAAGAACAAGAGCGAGCCCUCGCCGAAGAGGUGGAGGCCUCCGCCAGCGCCCGCGCCGGGGCGGCCGCGCUGGCGGCGCGCCGCGACGCGCUCGUGCAAGCGCUGAGAAGCAGCCGCGCCAACAUACUGAACGCGCGCGCCAUGCUCGACGCCGCCGGGCCGAGGCUAGGGAUAAAGCCAACGAGAUCAAGGCUGUCGACGUCGAAAUCGCUAAGGCUACCUGAGAACGCGCAAUUGAGAAAAGAAUUGGAGUCCCAAUCGAUGUCGAUUGAAGAGAGAGGCCGACUGUUGGACGAAGUGGACUACGCGGCGCGAGUGUACGAAUCCAAGAAGGUGUUAGCCGAGCAGAUUGCUAAGAUGGUGCACAGCAGGGAAACAGAACUGGCCCUAUGGCAGAAGAAGACCUUGGACAGUUGCGUGGAGUACAAGCAGGGGCUCAUCCACCUCAGCGCGCAGUUCCCGCAACUGGCCGCUCUGGCCGUUGACGAAACCAAAUUGAUGGAGCCCUCCAGCUUGCAAGCGGCCAACUCCGCGCUGGAAGCCCUGAAGCAGCUGUGCAGCCAGCUCACGCAGCGCAGGGCGCAAAUUGCGCGCUCGCGGUCGACCCUCGCCGUGCAGCGACAGGCUAAAAUGGAAGAAUACCGAGCCGCCAUAGCCGAUCUCAAAGCAAAGAUCCUGGUGGCGGAACAAGCGUGCUCGGCCGCGUGCGCCGCCGACGCCGCCGAGGAGGCCGCCGCGGCGCAGCGCGAGGCCGAGCUCCAAGCCACGCUGCAGGCCAUGAAGGACAAGGAGGAAGAGUUCAAGAAAAUACACGAGGAGAUGGUGUUCUGGAAGAAACAGGAUGAGGCGUGGAAGGCGAAGUUGUCAGAGAUGCGCGAAUACAUCCGGUCGCUAAAGGAGAGCUUGCCUAGCUUGCUGCAGGAGGCCUACAAGCAGAGGGCCGACUAUGUGGCCGAGGAACUCAAGAAAUGGAAAGAGGCCGCCGGCUUUACUGACUAAAACUUAUCUAUAUUAACUGUAAGGAGAAUCUGUUCAUCAUUAACUCGUUCGCCAACUAAACCAAGCGUCCGCCUGGUGGGCACUCGUAAACUUUGCUCAGAUGCCGGAGAACUAUAAAUCUAUAAAUUACGACCGGUUUACACUUUGCACUUGUCUUACGGUCCCGCGCCCCCCUUUAUAAUGUAGCUGCCCCCCGAGGGGGUGCGCCGC